AUGAAGUUAUCUUCCUUCGCUACCCUAGGAUCCGUCCUAGGGAUCUAUUUCUCAGUUUCGGUACUGGCUGUUGCAAAUCCAGUUAAGCGGGAUAUCGCUGGAACUGCAACUGUAUUCCUCGACCAGCCUUCCGGAAAACCUGAGAAACUUGCCUCCGGCUGGAUUUAUGGGUUUCCCGAUAACGCUGACGGCACUGCCAAUACCGAUGUCCCUCAGAAGUAUAUCAAAGAUGUUGGCUUCAACUACAACCGUGCCGGUGGAGCUCAGACCCCAUACAAAGGAUGGGCCCGUAAUGAGUACGAGGGUCGCUGGAAGUCCAGUCUCUCUAACUAUAGAACUACUCGGCGCAAUGGAGGAAAAUUCAUUCUUCUAAUCCAUGAUCUGUGGGGUGCGGAUAGCACCCAGGGCAAAGGAUUCCCGUACCCUGGAGAUGGAGGAAACUGGAAGAAUUGGAAUGCUUUCCUGGAUCAAGUGUUUUCUGACAUUUUGAAAAAUAAGAUGACGACUGGAUUGGAAAUCGAUAUUUGGAAUGAGCCUGAUUUGAACUUGUUUUGGGAUGCUCCUCAAACCCAGUAUCUCAAUAUGUGGAAGCGCACCUAUGAGAGAAUCAGAAAGGAGCUACCUGGUGUGCAAAUCACCGGCCCUUCGACAACAACACCUCCUACAGUCGAUAGUGAGUGGUAUAACAACUACCUCAAGUUUAUUGCAAAGACCAAUACCAUCCCGGACUUCUAUUCUUGGCAUCUUCUUGCGACAGAUCGCAAUCUGAGAGAGUCGAAGGCACAAUUCGAUACUUUACGCAAGAAAUACAAACUACCAGAGCGCCCAAUUAACAUCAAUGAGUAUGCUUCAUGGGAUGGCGAACAAAACCCAGCAGGCGCUGUCUUCUACAUUUCUCAGUUCGAAAGACACAAUGCUCACGGUCUUCGUGCCAAUUGGGCAUCUCAGGGGCAGCUACACGACUUUCUGGCUAAUCUCCUGGUCAAGAACAGCGACGGAGAUUAUUCUCCAGCAGGCGAAUGGCACGUCUACCAAUACUAUAACCAGGUCAUGAAGGGUAACCGAGUCGGGACAUCUCCAUCUGACGACGAACUCUUUGAGGUUUACGCUACUCGAGGUGGCAGUGCGGGAACCGUCAAGAUAUUAGCAGCAAUCCGACCCGUGGCCGGAAAGAAGACGUACAACCUUGCCAUCACCGGUCUCUCUGCGGUCAAGGUUAAGGGUCCUACUGUAAGGGUUAGGACCUACAGGUUUGAUGGCCCCAACGUGUCUACUGCCGUUGGAGCUCCUGUUGAUCUGGGCACCUUCAAGCACACGAUCAAGAACGACCAAAUCAUGUUUUUCGUCGCCGCAGAUGAUAGAACUCAGGCUUUCGCGUUCGAAUUUGAGGUUUAG